AAGCUAUAGAUGCCUUAUCACACGCCAGUAUAAUGAUUUCACAAAGGCAUCUUGAUAGUGAGAAGACAGCCAUUGCUGAUAAUUAUCUGCAUAAGACUUUACCUAUUGAUACUCCAGAACAACAUUCUAAAACGGCCAAGGUUAUUAAUACUAGAAAAGCUACAAACUCAUUCGAAGAUGUGUUUGUUGUUCAGAAAAAGUCUAUAUAUGCAGACAAAGAUCACUUGACUUUAUUAACAAAAAAGGCAAAG